UCCUCCCAAAAACUCCCCUCCUUCGCCGGAGAUGCAAAAUCCCCACCCUCCGCCGCUACAACAGCCGCCUUCCUCCUCCUCCUCCUUUCUCCCCUUCUCCACCUCCACUCUCAAAGAACCCAAAACCACACUCUCCAUAGUACUCGCCACCUCCCUCUUCUCCCUCAUCUUCUUCCUCGCCCUCUCCUCCUCCUCCUCCUCCCCCUCUCCUCCCCCCUCCCGCCCCGACCCAUUUCUCUUCCCGACCCACCUUUCCUCCUCUCCCUCCUCCUCCCACUCCCCUCCCUCCCUCGCCUACCUUAUCUCCGGCUCCAAUGGGGACUCUUCUCGCAUUCUCCGCCUCCUCUUCGCCACGUACCAUCCCCGCAACCACUACCUCCUCCACCUCGACCGCUUCGCCUCCGCUGCCGAGCGCGAUCGCUUGGCUAUCAAUGUCCAGUCGAUUCCGAUCUUCAAAGCUGCGCAGAAUGUCGAUGUUGUCGGAAAGGCAGAUUUCGUUUACCCUAAAGGGUCCUCUUCGCUUUCCUUCACUCUUCACGGCGCUUCCAUGCUCUUGAGAUUGAAGCCCAAUUGGGAUUGGUUUGUUAGCCUUGAUGCCGGUGAUUACCCGCUUUUGACGCAGGAUGAUUUUCUUCACAUUUUGUCGUACUUGCCUAAAGGUCUCAACUUUGUGAAGCAUUCGAGCUACAUUGGAUGGAGAGAGUCUAAGAAGUUAAAGCCUAUAAUUGUUGAUCCGGGGCUUUAUCUUUCGGAGAAAACAGCACUCUUUUAUGCUUCUCAGAAGAGAGAAUUGCCUAAUGCUUAUCGGCUGUUCACAGGCUCAUCCUUUUCCAUUCUCAGUCGCAAUUUUGUCGAAUUUUGUAUCCUAGGAACAGAUAACCUCCCACGAACUCUGCUGAUGUAUUUCUCCAACACGCCUUCGUCUCUUUCCAACUACUUUCCCACCAUUCUGUGCAACUCCCGCCAGUUCAACAGAACUAUCAUAAAUCACAACUUAAAAUAUGCAAACUUUGACAAACCAUCAAACGAGAAGCCCCUGCGGCUGACAUCUGAUGAUUUUGAUGCCAUGAUUCAGAGCGGAGCAGCCUUUGCGGCUAGAUUCCAGUCAAGCGAUCCACUACUCGACCGUAUCGACAGAGAAAUUUUAAGACGUGAAAGGGGGCAGGUUGUGCCCAGCGGUUGGUGUUUAGGUGAGUCUGGAAACAACACAUGCUCUGUAUGGGGAGAUGCCGACCUUCUGAGGCCUGGUUCUGGUGCCAGAAGACUUGAGAAACUACUUGUUGAAUUGCUCUCCAAUACUACCUCUGUGUCUAACAGAUGUAUAUUUGAAUGAUUCCAAUGAAAUGGAGGGCUUCAAGCUGUGGCCUAAGGCCUUUCUGAAAUUUGUAAAUUCGUCGGGAGGGCUUCAGGCUAAUUCUUUUAGGAACAAUAAAUUCUUUUCAGACUCAUCUGAGUAGAGGCAUUAAAGACGGUGGUGCUACAAGCUGGCCAACCAAGUAAUUGUUGUUUACAAAAGAUGUUUCGAGGAAACAUACAAUGUUGUAUUGAAGAUGUAUUUGUAUUGAAUUUACCGUAUAAGAAGUAACCCUCGAGAAUUUGUUCAUUGUUGUAUGAGUAACAUGACAAGUGAAUUAUCAUUUUCAA